AGGAUACAAUUCCCCUUAGUUAUUACAUAUUCUAUUACAAUACAUAAAGUACAAAACUCUACCCUCGAUAUGGCUAUACUAAAUAUUUCAAAGAGGGACUUUCAAACUGGGCUUACAUAUAUAGCAUACAAUAGAGUCAAGACUUUACAAAGCCUUAUAUUUAACAGUCCCUUCGAUUUAAACAUUUUAUAG